CCCCCGCCCCCGCACAACCUCCCCGCAGAGCAUUUCGUCUACCAGUGGGCGUCCGAGUGCCUCUACCACAACGGGACGGAGCGGGUGCGCUUCCUCGACCGCAUCGCCUUCGGCCGGCAGGAGUUCGUCCGCUUCGACAGCGACCGCGGGGAGUUCGAGGCCGUCACGACCCUCGGGGAGCCCGACGCCCGAUACUGGAACAGCCAGAAGGACUUCCUGGAGCGCAGGCGGAGCGAAGUGGAUGCCUUCUGCAGGAGCAACUGGGCCUCCGACUGGCCCUUCGCCAGCUCCCGCCGGGUUCAGCCCAAGGUGAAAAUCGCCCCCUCCAGCUCCGACUCCUCCUCUCACAACACUUUGCUGAUCUGCAACGUGGCCAGAUUCUGGCCAGCAGAAAUUGAGAUCAAGUGGUUCCGAAACGGGAAGGAGGAAGACGAGAGCCGAGUGUUCACCACGGACCUGAUCCGGAACGGGGACUGGACCUUCCAGAUGGCGGUGAUGCUGGAGGCCCAGCCGGAGCGGGGAGACGUCUACGCCUGCCAGGUGGAGCACGCCAGCUUCCCCGAGCCCAUCACUGUCCAGUGGGAACCACAGUCAGACUCGGCCAGGAGCAAGAUGUGGACAGGGGUCCUUGGACUCGUGACGGGGCUGGUCUUCUUCAUCGCUGGGCUCUCCCUCUAUGUCAAGAGCCAAUAAAGAUGACCUGAUGGGUUGAUGACGUAGACAAGUCACUUUUCUUUCUUUGCUAAGAAGACACAGAUUUUAGAGGCAGCGUGAAAGAACCAGAGAAGAGAAGAAGAAAAAAACUCCCAGACCCAGAAACAUCCUGAUAAGAUUUCUGCUCAAAGGCUGACUAGUUUUGCCCAUUUAUUUCUUUUUGGUAUCAUUUGCUUGAGAUUUUGCAGAACUUUUUAAGGCGGGGGGGAGGGAGGUCAAAGCUGCAUCGUAGAAAGUGAGCAUCAUUUGCACACACAGCAUUGUCUUGCAUAUAAACACCGGCAAGUGUGCCAUGGUGUAAAUCACCAGGGCCAGGUGUGACUCAUCUCACACCACCAAUUGUGUGACUCAGUGUGUGGCAAGACAACAGACAAAUUAAAAUAAUUUGGGGGUUUGUGUAGGAGGAAGCUUUCCCCCACUGUUUCCCAACACGGAUACCUGUGGUGGACUGAGUGAGUGGCUAAAGAUGAAAAGGAAAAAGGUAUUUGAUGGUUUUGCUGUGCUUAUUUUAGUUGCAAUUCCUUGCUGUGUUGACUGAGCUUUUGCAUGCAUCAUACCUGUGUGUUUUUAUGUACAGUGGUGCCUCGUUAAACAGUUACCCCUCAUGACA